AUGAAGUGUCAUUACCAAGUCCUCGGAGUCAAACGGGACGCCAACGACGACGACUUGAAGAAAGCCUAUCGGAAAUUAGCGCUGAAAUGGCAUCCUGACAAAAACUUGGAUAAGGCCGAGGAAGCAGCCGAGCAGUUCAAGUUAAUUCAGGCAGCCUAUGAUGUCCUAAGUGACCCACAGGAGAGAGCAUGGUAUGACAAUCACAGGGAAGCUUUGCUAAAAGGUGGCGUGAGCGGUGACUACGAGGACGACAGUGUUGACCUGCUGCAGUUCUUCACCGUUACCUGUUAUUCGGGCUACGGAGAUGACGACAAGGGUUUCUACACAGUCUACAGGAAUCUCUUUGAGUCUAUCAUCACAGAGGAGAUGGAGCACAGAAAAGUGGAAGAUGAGGAUGAAGAGGAGGACUUCCCAUCCUUUGGGAAUUCGCAGAGCGAUUAUGAUACAGUAGUGCACGUCUUUUACGGCUACUGGCAGAGCUUCUGCACGUGUAAGAACUUCGCCUGGAAGGAAGAAUACGACACGCGGCAGGGGUCCAACCGCUGGGAGAAGCGCGCCAUGGAGAAGGAGAAUAAGAAAACCCGGGAUAAGGCACGGAAGGAGCGCAAUGAGCUGGUGCGCCAGCUCGUGGCCUUCGUGCGCAAGCGAGACCGCCGUGUGCAAGCACACCGCAAGGAAGUGGAGGAGCGCAACGCAGAGAAGAGCAAAAAAGCGCAGGAGCUACGGCGCAAGCAGAAGCUCAGUCAAGCCAAGCUGGCGGAGGAGUACAAAGAGCAGAGCUGGGCAGCCAUGUCAGAGCUGGAGAAGGAGCUUCAGCAAAUGGAGGCUCAGUACGGAGUAGAGUUUGGGGACGCUUCGGAAAGUGAAGAUGAAGAGCUGGAAACGCAGCAGAAAAUUGCCGUGGAAGGAUUAGGUGCAGAUGGAGACCAGCUGGAUGUAAAUGACCUCAACUUGGAUUAUUAUGACGAUCUCCACUGCCCGGCCUGCAGCAAAUCCUUCAAAUCCGAGAAAGCCAUGUACAACCACGAGAAGUCCAAGAAGCACAAAGAGAUGGUUGCGUUGCUACGGCAACAGCUUCAAGACGACGACGCUCUCGCUUUCAUAUUAGACCAAAGGGAGGAUGCCGAGGAAAAAAUACAGACAUUGAACCAUGAAGAAGAAGAAAUGGAGGAGGAAGAGGGAGAUAUUCAACCAAGACAAAAGUUGUCCAGGAAGCAGAAGAAGAGGCAACAGAAAGUAGCCAAUAGCAUUCUCGUGGAGAAGUGUGAACAAGGGGAGGACCUGACAUCAACUACAGAUGUGAAGGAUGCCCCUGAUGAGAACCCCGAAGAGGUUCCUCAAGAAGUUCCCGAGGAGUCACCGAGCUCCACGGAAGCCCAGGAGGACUGUUUUCCUCCUGUUGAAUCCCAGAGUUUGCCUAGCUCCGUCAAAACCAAAGCCAAGAAGGUGGGCGGAAAAGACAAAUCAAAGAACGUUAAGACACAACAGGGAGGCGAGCAGCUUUUUGAGAAGUCUGUAAAUCUGCGAUGUGUGACUUGCAAUGGCGAGUUCUCCACAAGGAACAAGCUUUUCGACCACCUUAAAUCUAGCGGACACGCCUCCGCGCUCUCCUCCAAUCCCGCGACGACGACCUCCGCCAGCCGAAGCAGAAAAGACAAACGGAAAAACAGAUGA